AUGGCCUCAGCCCUGACCCACAGUCCCAGAAAGGCAUUGCUCUGGGCCUUGUGUGAUCUUGAGGAGAGUGAUUUCAAACUACUAAAGUUCUACUUAAAGGAUGUGACCCUGGCUGUGGGCCAGUGCCAUCUGGCCUGAGGGGAGCUGGAGGGCCUGAGUUGGGUGGACCUGGCAUCAGGACCGAUCUUCACACAUAGAGCUCAGGAAGCUGUGAGAGUGGUUCUAGAUCUGUUAAAGGCCUUGAACUUGUUGGAACUCAUGGACCAACUCAAUCAGAUCUGUCUCUCGGGUUACAGAGAAAUAUGCCGGGAGCAUGUGUGCUGCCUAGGGGAAAGGCAAGACGAGGGAGUCAACAGCAGCUACAACCAGAGGCUCCUGUGGCCAGGCCCAGCUCAGGGAGCAGGAUCACCGACCUACUCUGACCUGGAACAGGAGCUGGACUCUCUGGUGCUGGAGGAAGUAUUUGAUCCCAUGGAAAAUCCCUCAUCAACUCACCCUUAAUGGUGCUGCAGGGUCUGCUGGCACCAAGAAGACAACCCUGGUCAGAAAAAUGGAGCUGGACUGGACCAUUUUGAUACCCAGACUGGCUUGUCUGUGUUUUUUAUGUGAGCUGUGGAGAAGCAACACUUCUGCUUGAGUGCAACCUGCACCAGCUCCUCUUCUGAAGUUGUGGGGACAGUCAAGCCCCUGCUACAGAGAUUCUGAAGCAACCAGAGAGACUACGGCUCAUACUGGAUGGCUUUGAUGUGCUACAGAGGCCUUUUUAAGGAGAGCUGAGAAAGCGGUGCUUGAGUCCCGUGGAGAAUGUGUCGCAGCUUUUAAUUAGGAGAAGUUCAC